AUGGCCGACCACGACGAGCCCCCAGCUGCCCCGGCCGCGCAGCCCGCGGAGGAAGAGCGAGUGCCGGAAGAGGCGCUGCAGGAAGAGAGGUCCCACGAGACUUUCCAAGAGACGUCCCACGAGACUUUCCAAGAGACGUCCCACGAGACUUUCCAGCCAGACACGCCCGAGCCAGACACCUCCUUGGCAGAAGACGAGGGCCACACACCCUCAGCAGAAGACGAGGCCCACGCACAGCAGGACACACCCGAGCCAGACACACCCGAGCCAGACACACCCCAGCCAGACACACCCCAGCCAGACACACCCCAGCCAGACACACCCCAGCCAGACACACCCCAGCCAGACACACCCCUACCAGAAGACGAGGGCCACACACAGCCAGACACAGACACAGACACACGGCAGCCCGCCCCCAACGUCCUCAACGUCCCCAACGUCCCCAACGGCGCAGACACGCCGCGCUCGUCGGAGCAAAUCUUCGACCACCGCAUCCACGCCCACCCCCGCCCGCGAACAGACUCGCAGUCCACCGCCGCCACCGCAGCCACCGCCGCCACCGCCGCCACCCGCAGCUCGCUCGUCUUCGUCGGCACCGCCCUCGACACCAUCGCCGCCUCCAAGGACGCCCGCAAGAACAAAAAGCUCGGCGAUGCCUCCGCCGCCGCCCUGGCCGCCAUCAAGCGCGAGGGCGACCCCGCCCGCAUCAGCCCCGAGCUGCUCUUCGAGCCCCUGCGCCUGGCCUCGGAGGUCGCAAACGUCCCCGUCUCCAUCACCGCCCUCGACUGCAUCGGCAAGCUCAUCAGCUACUCGUACUUCUCCGUCCCCGCCGACCACCACCCACACCCACACCCACACCCCGACCCCGACAACCCCGACCCCGCCCCGCUCAUCGACCGCGCCAUCGACACCAUCUGCGACUGCUUCCAGGGCGAGGCCACCCACCCAGACGUCCAGCUGCAGAUUGUCAAGUCGCUGCUGGCCGCCAUCCUCAACCACAAAAUCGUCGUCCACGGCGCCGGCCUGCUCAAGGCCGUGCGCCUGACCUACAACAUCUUCCUGCUGUCCAAGUCCAGCGCAAACCAGCAGGUCGCCCAGGGCGCCCUGACCCAGAUGGUCGGCACCGUCUUCGAGAGGGUCAAGGCCCGCAUCGCCGUCAAGGAGGCCCGUGUCAACCUGGACCCUCCCUCGCUCAACCACAAGCACCCCUCCGACGACAGCCUGGAUCAGUCCGACCAAGAUGCCACUCCGCACCUGCUUCCCUCCCCUCUCACCACCGACCCAGACCCCGCCCAGGACCUGGACCUCGACGAGCCCAGCGACCGGCCCGUCCACAUGCACACCGGGCCCAAGAUCACCCUGCAGAGCUUCGAGAACAACAUGAGCUUCAACGACGACCGCAUACACGACAACGCACCCACCCUAGUCACCCGCAUCAGAGGGAAGCCCAGCUCGCGCCAUGCAUCGGCCGCCGACACCAACUCCUCAAUCAACCCCUCCACAACCACCCCCCUCCACCCCGAUGAAGACGACGAAGACGAAAUCUUCGUCAAGGACGCCUACCUGGUCUUCCGCGCAAUGUGCCGCCUGAGCACAAAGGGCCUGUCCCUCGACCACGCUCAGGACGUCCGCUCCCAAGGCAUGCGCUCGAAGCUGCUCUCCCUGCACAUGGUCCACACCAUCCUGCACAACAACAUCGCCGUCUUCGUCUCGCCCUACGCCACCAUCAAGAGCGCCAGCGGCGACGAGCCCACCACCUUUGUGCAGGCCAUCAAGCAGUACCUGUGUCUGAGCUUGAGUCGCAACGGCGCCAGCUCCGUCAAGCCCGUCUUCGAGGUCGCCUGCGAGAUCUUCUGGCAGAUGCUCAAGUACCUCCGCGUCAUGCUCAAGAAGGAGGUCGAGGUCUUCCUCAAGGAAAUCUACCUGGCCACCCUCGACAAGCGCGCUGCCCCCGCCUUCCAGAAGCAGUACGUCCUGACCCUCUUCAGACGCCUGGCCGCAGACCCCCGUGCCUUGGUCGAGGUCUACCUCAACUACGACUGCGACCGCACGGCCCUCGACAACAUGUACCAGCGCGUGGUCGAGCAUCUGUCCAAGAUCUCCAGCAACCCAGUCACCAUCACCCCGAUGCAGCAGCAGGCCUACCGAGACCACCGCGAGAAGCAGAGCAGGCAGAUGGACUGGCAGACCCGAGGCACCCUGCCCCCCUCGCUCACCACCGUCUCCAUGAACUCGGCCAACGACGCGGACGGAGCCUACCCUCAAGACUACGCCAUGAAGCAAGAGUCUCUGGAGGCGCUGGUCGAGAUCCUGCGAUCGCUGGUCGACUGGGCCCAGCAGUCUCUGCCAGAACACACAAACCCACAGGCUCAAGACCCGAGGCUGUCCUUGGACGACCUCAGGGUCUCCAUCGACACGCGAACGCUCACCGACUCACCAGCCGUCGGCGCCGACUCGGGCACAGUCACACCCCUCGCAGAGGACGACUACAGCUCGCUGGAGAAGGCGAAGCAGAGGAAGACCGCCAUGACAAACGCCGUGCGCCAGUUCAACUACAAGCCCAGCAAGGGCCUCAAGGUCCUGCUCAACGACGGCUUCAUCCCUUCAGACGCCCCCGACCACAUUGCUCGCUUCUUCCUCGACAACGAACGGAUCGACAAGGGCGCGCUGGGAGAGUUCCUCGGAGAGGCUGAUCCCCACAACAUCGCCAUCAUGCACGCCUUUGUCGAUUUGAUGGACUUCACCAAGACCCGAUUCGUGGAUGCGUUGCGCCGCUUCCUCCAAAGUUUCCGUCUGCCGGGAGAAGCGCAGAAGAUUGACCGAUUCAUGUUGAAGUUCGCCGAGCGGUACAUGACCGGCAACCCCAACGCCUUUGCAAACGCCGACACCGCCUACGUCCUGUCCUACUCGGUCAUCAUGCUGAACGUCGACCAGCACAGCAAGAAGAUGAAGGGCCCUCGCAUGACGCCCGAGGACUUCAUCAAGAACAACCGCGGCAUCAACGACAACGCAGAUCUGCCCGAGGACUACCUCCGCGGCAUCUACGAUGAAAUCGCGCACAAUGAGAUUGUCCUCAACACCGAGCGAGAGGCGGCUGCAGACAAGGGUUGGGUCGGCCAGCAGCCCGCGGGAGGCCUCGGUCUCGCCAGCAUCGGCCAGGCGCUGACGGGCGGUGCUCGAGACCUGCAGAGGGAAGCCAUAGCGCAAGCGUCCGAGGCCAUGGCGAACAAGACGGAGCAGCUCUACAAGCAGCUCCUCCGCGCUCAGCGCAGGACGGCGACUGCGCUGCCCGUGUCCAAGUACAUUCCAGCUUCCUCGUCCAAGCACGUCGGCCCCAUGUUCGAGGUGACCUGGAUGCCGUUCCUGAUGGCCCUCUCUGGCCAGGCCCAAGACCACAACAUGGACAUUGUCCGGCUGUGCAUCGAGGGCAUCAAGCUCGCCAUUCGCAUCUCCUGCCUCUUCGAUCUGGAGGACGCCCGCCAAGCCUUUGUCUCCUUCCUCGCCCGCUUCACCAACCUCUACAACCUGAGCGAGAUGAAGGCGAAGAACAUGGAGGCGCUCAAGACCCUGAUCGAGGUCGCACACACAGAGGGCAAUCUGCUGAGAGAGUCUUGGCGCGAGAUCCUCACCUGUGUCUCGCAGCUGGACCGCUUCCAGCUCAUCUCGGCCGGCAUAGACGAGCGCGCGGUGCCUGAUGUGUUGAAGUCCAACGCGGGGUCGCAGUCGAAGAAGAACGUCCACGUUGCCGGAAACCGCCGGCGGCAGUCACACGCCAACAGCGUGCACUUCUCCGCGGACGUGGCAGAGGAGAGUCGCUCCACCGACAUGGUCCGAGGCGUGGACCGCAUCUUCACCUGCAGCGCGAAUCUAUCCGGUGAGGCCAUUGUCGACUUCGUCAAGGCGCUCGUCCAGGUCAGCUGGCAAGAGAUCCAGUCGUCUGGCCAGAGCGAGUCGCCGCGCACCUACAGCCUGCAGAAGCUGGUCGAGAUUAGCGGAUACAACAUGACUCGCGUGCGCUUCGAGUGGACCAACAUCUGGCAAGUGCUGGGCGCCCACUUCAACGAGGUCGGGUGCCACACCAACACAAACGUCGUCUACUUUGCCCUCAACUCGCUACGACAGCUGUCGAUGAAGUUUAUGGAGAUUGAGGAGCUGCCCGGGUUCAAGUUCCAGAAAGACUUCCUCAAACCAUUCGAGCACAUCAUCAACAAUGCAAGCGUCGUGUCCGUCAAGGACAUGGUCCUGCGCUGCCUCAUCCAGAUGAUACAAGCGCGCGGCGAGAACAUCCGAUCUGGCUGGAAGACCAUGUUCGGCGUCUUCACCGUGGCCGCCAGGGAGCCCUACGAGGGCAUCGUCAAUCUUGCCUUUGAGAACGUCACGCAGGUCUACAACACGCGCUUCGGCGUCGUCAUCUCGCAAGGCGCCUUUGCUGAUCUGAUCGUCUGUCUGACGGAAUUCUCGAAGAACUACAAGUUUCAGAAGAAGUCGCUGCAGGCCAUUGAGCUGUUGAAGUCGUCGGUGCCGAAGAUGCUGCGGACCCCAGAGUGCUCGCUGUCGGCUCACGCCGGCUACCUGAAGCACUCCGAAACGGGCUCUUCCAUCCCCAAGCAGCCCACCCGACAGACGCAGGAAGAGCAGUUCUGGUUCCCGGUCCUGUUCGCCUUCCACGACGUGCUCAUGACCGGCGAAGACCUCGAAGUGCGCUCCAGAGCGCUGAGCUACCUCUUCGACACGCUCAUCAGCUACGGCAGCAACUUUCCGCGUGAGUUCUGGGACAUGCUCUGGCGACAGCUGCUCUACCCCAUCUUCAUGGUCCUCAAGUCCAAGUCGGAGAUGACAAAGGUGCUCAACCACGAAGAGCUCUCCGUCUGGCUCUCCACAACCAUGAUCCAGGCCCUCCGCAACAUGAUCAAGCUGUUCACGCACUUUUUCGAGUCGCUCGAGUACAUGCUCGACCGCUUCCUCGAUCUGCUGGCGCUCUGCAUCUGUCAGGAGAACGACACGCUCGCCCGCAUCGGCAGCAACUGCCUGCAGCAACUCAUCCUCCAGAACGUGCAGAAGUUCAAGCCGGAACACUGGAGCCAGAUCGUCAAAGCCUUUGUCGAUCUCUUCCACCGCACCGAAGCUUCAGCGCUCUUCUCCGCUGCCACCAGCGGCUCCGCCACGCCUCUCAACGGCGGCCGUAGCCAUUCCGAUGACGCAAGGUCCAUCGCCGAAUCUUCCAACACCGCGCCGGAGACCCCGCCCUCUGAGCAGGAAAACCCGUCCGCCGGGCUCGGCAUCAAUGGCCUCGACACCCCGCGCCGCCCUUCUCUCGUCACCGAGGCCACCGCCGGCGAUGUUCCCACACGGCAGACCACAGACCUCGAAGACUACCGCCCGGAGGAUGGCAACCUGCAGCAACCUCCUGUCGUCGUCACUGCAGCACGACGCCGGUUCUUCAACCAGAUCAUCACAAAAUGCGUCCUCCAACUCCUCAUGAUAGAAACCGUGCAGGAGCUCUUCGGUAACGAACUCGUCUACUCCAACAUCCCAUCCGGCGAGCUGCUCCGCCUCAUGGCGGUGCUCAAGAAAUCCUACCACUUCGCCAAGCGCUUCAACGCCGACCGCGACCUGCGCUCGCGCCUCUUCCGCGAGGGCUUCAUGAAGCAGCCCCCCAACCUCCUCAAGCAAGAGUCGGGCUCCGCCUCUGUUUACGUCGGCAUCCUCUUCCGCAUGUACCACGAUACGAGCAGCGACCGCGCCGCCAGCCGCAGCGAGACGGAAAAAGCCCUCAUCCCGCUGUGCGAGGACAUCAUCCAGUCGUACAUUGAACUCGACGAGGAGACGCAGCAGCGAAAUAUCGUCACCUGGCGGCCGGUCGUCGUCAGCGUGCUCGAUGGGUAUGCUGGGUUCCCGGACGCUGAAUUCGAGCGCCUAACCGAUGUGUUUGCACCCUUGAUUGUUGGCCUGCUAGGCACUGAGAUGGCGACAGACGUCCAGAGGAGCGUGCAGGCGCUGGUCAUGCGCGUUUUUGAAAGGAAGUUGGGCACCGGCCCAGUGAAAUUGAUGGGCCCCGAGGAGCGGCGCAGGGGCAGCGGCGUCGGGAGUCCAGAGGUAGGGAGAACGCCUCGGCUGCGGUAG